AUGGAGGUUCCACCACAUCCAUCAGGUCCUCCUGUGGUUGGUGCACUCCAACCACCUGCUUUCACAGCACCUUUAGGAAUCCCACCUCCUGGAUUUGCUCCUGGAGUGCCACCACCGCCGCCGCCUCCUUUUUUACGACCUGGUUUCAACCCAAUGCAUUUACCCCCAGGCUUUCUUCCUCCUGGACCACCACCGCCUAUAACUCCUCCAGUAUCUGUUCCUCACACUCCGGCAGUAAACAUCCCAAACUCUACAGCAACUGGUGUAAAUGAAGACACUACAAAAGAUUCAUCUGUAGGAAAUCCCAUCCCGACAGUGGUUUCUGGAUCCAGAGGGAAUGCUGAAACAACCGAUAGUUCCAAAAUAUAUGGGACUGUUCCACCUCCUGUAGCACCUACUAAUGUACCUGCUCCUGUCACCCAAGCUAUUCCACUUCUCGGCACUCAAGGAGUUGCGCCACCCCCGCCAGCCCCUGUUGUUGGGUUGCAGACUCCAUCCACUGGGCUCUUGGGUGCCCGGCCCGGUUUGCUACCGCUCCCGCGACCGCCAGGAAUGCUUUUGCGGUUCCCCUUGAUGCCGCCGCGACACAUGCCUCCCCACAUGAUGCACAGAGGGCCCCCGCCGGGACCGGGGGGCUUUGGGAUGCCUCCCCCGCAUGGAAUGAAAACCCCCUUCCCACCACCGGGUCACUUUGUGAGACCUGGGGGGAUGCCGGGAAGCGGGGGGCCAGGUGGACCCGAGGACAACCGAGAUGGGAGGCAGUUCAGGAAUGACCGGCAGACGUUCACGCCUAACAGAGACCAGGAAAGAUUCGGAAGGAGAUCUUUUGGAAAUCGGGUAGAGAACGAUCGUGAGCGUUACGGUAACCGCAACGAUGACCGAGAUCACGAGCGACUUGGUAAUCGUGACAGGCGAGACUGGGGACGAAGAAGCCCCGAGCGCGAUAGGCACAGAGACUUGGAGGACAGGAACAGGCGGUCCAGUGGCCAUCGAGACAGAGAGAGAGAUUCAAGAGAUAGGGAGUCUCGUAGAGACAAAGAAGAAAGUCGAGGAAAGGAAAAAUCGGAGAUGACAGACAGGGCGGAUGGCGACAAAAACCAUGAAUCUCAUGGCGGCAAAAUGGAAGACGCAGACGUUGUUUCAGAACUUGCUGCGGGAGAGUCUGACCCUACAGGUGCAAAACCUGUUGAAGAGUUGACAUCUGAGGCUACCUCAUCCGUGGAACAGGCGGAAAAGGAUAUGGGUGCAGUGUCGGAGGCUCCUCGCUAGAGACUGGAAGUCGUCAAAAGACGACAGUGACAUUUGUUGGAGUGUAGAGCUUUAGAGUUGUACAGUCUGCUGUAUUAUAUUUGCUUCUGCUUAUAUCACAGCCCCUCAGUAGUUGGUGGGGAAUUGUAAGCAAUUUGAUUGCUUCCCUUCUAUUUAAAAUAGCCACAACAUAACAUGAAAUACUGAAGAUAUGAUUAAAAUAUUACCCAUUUUUGCUGUAACUUUUUUAAAGUUUUGACUUUAAAAAGUUUACAAAUCACAAGUAGAAGUGCUUUCUAUUUUUUUUUUAAUUUAAGAAAAGGUAACGGUGAAAGCUCCUCAAAACAAUAGGGAUGUGUUUUUAAUAAACUCUAUUUUCGUAACAAA